AUGGAGAAUGUUGCACUUCGACAGAAAGCUUACCAGACCAAUAUUUAUCAAGGUUUAGAUGCCAGCAGAGCUGUGGAUCGGGGCUCGUCAUACUCCCAUUACAGUGGUUCAUGCGCUCACACAUAUAGCACUGCAAAUGCCUACUGGGAGGUUGAUUUGGGUAGAAAAUAUUUCAUUGACCACGUGACCAUCUUCAACCGCCAGGAUUGGAUAUCGGAUCGGUUGAGAGAUGUAGAGCUAUAUGUCGGCCUGACGAAAAGCAAUUAUCAACGAUAUGGUUAUCACAAAGGAGUUGUUGGUUUAGUGUAUACGUUCGAGCUAGCAGAAUCCGUCAUUGGACAGUGGGUUCGGAUAACAAGAAUUCCGUCUGUAGUUGACUACCUGACACUUUGCGAGGUUCAGGUUUUUGCAUUCAAUGCUGCUAAGUUCUUUAUAAUAGAAAAUUCCUUGAUGGGUACAGAGACAUUCAUACAAGCUUCGAUAAAGACGGCAUCGACCCACCACUGCGCUUAUAUAUGUCACAAAACAGACGGAUGUGACGAUGCAAGAUAUCACGAAGAUACGCAUAUGUGUGAUCUGUUGGCGUCCAGUAAUACGGAGGAGGCUGUUGCUGGAACAAUGUUUAUCCUAAAAUGAGUUACGUUCUAAGACUUAGAAUUCCUUAAAUAAUGUUUUGAAUGAAUGCAGCAAAUAUGUUAGGAUACAUAAGGUUGAAAUGAAACUUUGAUAAACAUGUACCAUGAUGGUUAGUGCACAACCGUCAACUGGUGAAAUAACUGAAUACAUGUAUAACUGAAUUAAGGUAUUGGUAAGGAAAAUAAAGGGAAAUAUGAUUCGUACUGAGCAUUGCUCAAGACAUGUCUUCAGGUGUAUGUAAAUGUUACGAAAUUUUAAAGUUCUUCUUUGGUUACAUAGAAAAAUAAUAAAUUUGUAUGAUUGUUAGAUAGUAUGCAUUGAUAAAAUUGCAAAAAUGAUGUAUGUGUGACUGAAUAAAAAUGUCAUGUAAAGGACCAGGAAUUCAUGACGCUUCAAUUUUGUUCUGCAUCAUUUUCGUUUGUAUAUUCGAUAUAUAUACACGCAUAAUUUUUAUAUUUACUGUCUACUACUAUACUCAUUAACGUUUCAAUGUUUAGUAUCUGCCGUACAUGUUUUAGAAAGAAAUCUACGGCUUAUCUAUCAAAUACCCCAGUCACACAUACGGCGCGGAUAGCUACG